CCAAGAUUACGUUUGGUGCGUUGUUUGGCCGGGCUAGCUGGUGUGCGCGGCGCUAUACAAUCUUUGGUGCGAAGUGGCAAAGUGUGUAGUUCAAGACAUGGUCUCAACAGUCCCAAUUCCAGUUGAGGAUACAAGUCUUUCAACUAACUGUACUUGUAGAUAGUGUCUCAAGAGUUCACAACCAGAAGGAACCACCCAGUUACCGGUUCAUGCCAGUCAAAAUGCCACAGAAAGGAGACAAUAUUUUGUGGGACCUUGCAAUUCAUGAAGUUGAACAGUCAGUCCAAAUGGAGGAUCACUUUCGAGAUCAAGAGGAUAAUGAAGGAACACAGGCUGGAAUAGAAUCUACCAUCAUCUUAAUGGGCAGUAAAAGUGCCGGAAAAACAUCCAUUAUUUUGAGAUUCCUUGAGAAAGAAGAACAUCCAAAGCCAACCACUGCUCUGGAAUACACAUUUGGGAGAAAAGCGAAAGGACACAAUAUGACAAAGGAUGUUGCGCACAUUUGGGAACUCGGAGGGGGUACAUUUCUGUCUGAACUGGUGGAGGUAUCCAUAAAAGAAGAAAACAUUCUCUCCUCAUCAGUUAUGUUAAUCCUAGACCUCUCUCAUCCUAAUGAACUAUGGGUAACUAUGGAGGUUUUACUCAAAGCUGCAUUGAAGAGAAUUGAAAAGGUCAUGGACAAACUCUUAACGGCUAGUCCAAGAAUCCAUGAAGAAAUCAUGAAUAGAUCACGGAAACGGUUCGGAGAUCAUCCAGACCUAAAUAUGAUUGACCCCUUCCCAUUGCCAUUGGUCAUCGUGGGUACAAAGUAUGAUAUUUUCCAGGAUUUUGAUUCAGAGAAACGAAAGAUAAUUGGAAGGACAUUGAGAUUUGUUGCACACCACUAUGGAGCUACGUUACAGUUCUGCAGUUCCAAACAUGAGGGAUUGAUGAAUCGGACCAAGGCACAGUUUGGACAUUUGGCCUUUGGAGCACCAUUGUCAAUUAACAUGAAGAUGGCCAAUUUUGACCACCAUAAACCAAUGAUGAUUCCGUUUGGGAUGGACUCUUUGGAACAAAUUGGUUUACCUCCGAUGUCUGAAGUCGAUGUUCAUCAUCUCAAAGUUGGCACACCAAUGGACCUAUGGAAGGGAGCAUACACUUCUUUUUUUCCACAGCAGAGUGUUGGCAAUAGGUUGUCCAUUGAUGACCCUGCUAGAGAUACUCAAUACAAGGAAGCAGCUGUGGAUAGUGUCCGUGAACAAAAAGACAAAGACCUUCUACAGUAUCGCAACCAAGUUGACCUGAAGUUGCAUAAUGGCUAACUGAAGCAGCAGUCAGAAACAACCUUUCAAGCCCAUUUCGAGUUUAACCAGUUUAUUUGAGGUGUACUGCUUGAUUUACUUAGAAAUGCUUGAAACUAGAUUCAAUUUAUUUUGUAAUUUGCUACAGUCAAGCUUUUCACCAUGUUUUGUUAUGCUAAAUGAUAAGAAUAACAAUUUUAAUUGACACAUUUCCUUAAGAGUCAUUCAAUUGUACAUAUGGAAAAGUCAUUGAAGUAAAGUUCGACAUACUGUUUAGUCAAUUUGAAUUUCUUUUUGUUUGAAACAUAGUCAUAUGUAGGUGAAAAUGAGGCUGUGCUAUCUUGUUAAACUGGAAGGGAAUACAGAGUUUUAUCCAUAUGCAUGUGCAUUUUUGUUAAAGCUGUUAUAAAAUGUUCAUAAUAUUCACAUGAGAAAAAAGGGAUUUCUGUUUUAAUUCAAUACAAAACAUUUGUCAAUCCCAGUUGUAAUCAGUUUGCUUGUUAAAAUCAAUGGACGUUACCAUUUGUCUUCACAUGUACUAGUGAUUUAUGCUAGUCUUCAGAUUUUGGAUUCAUAUGGUCAUAUGUAUGUGAAAACUGAAAAAAGUGCUCUCAAUCUUGAAGUUCCAUAUCUCAAGCUAUGAGUUCACAAGCAAGAUGGUGAAAAGCCUGCAGUACCAGAAAAUGAAUAGGCUCAUGAAUGUCACCAUUCCGAUACACAUUCGGUAAUGUAUCAACUGUCCUAAGAAACGACUGGAUGUUGACUUCUUAGGCUGUAAAUUGAAAUAGCUUUACUUAAAAACCUUAGCCGUCUCUGUUUUAUGAAAGGUUUGCAGAGGAUUUACAAAAAGAAAUGAGAUUUGGCCUGGUUCUCUCUUGCACGAAUGGUUGAGCACUCACACGGCCUUUACUCUGGGAAUGUUGAAGUCACUUCAAAUUUUAAUUUCUUACCUGAACUGUUUAGUUUCAGUGUAUAGGCAACAACUUUGUCCAUUUUAAAGCACAUUAUGGCAACAAAUGACAUGUAAUACAAAGCUGUGUCAUUCUGAAUAGUUUUCAUUAUUUGUUUCCUAAACAAAAACACACGCAUGUCGUUUGAUCUGUUGAAUAAAGUUCUGCUUGAAAUGCAUUGAUUGUAAA